CUUCCACGCGAAGAACCACCACACGUGAAAAGAAAUCAGAAAGGAAGAAAGAAGAAGAUCGCGAAAAUCUAGCACGUUCUCCUUGUCUAUUAGGCGGCGAAUGAAGAUAUCAACUGCUUAACUUCUUCCUUCGUUGCCGUUGUCGUUUUCCUUCUUCCGUGUGUGUGUGUAUGUGUGUGGUGGUGCCGAGCGGGUCCGAAUUGAAUCCGGUUGUGUGGCACGUGCCGCCCCGAUCAUGGUUAACUAGAUCGCCGGAACUAGUGCGGAAAUUGGGGUUUUCGCACGCGCUCUAGUGCCGCAUUUUUUUUUCUAUACGGAGAGAUGAAAGUUUGCCGGGUCGUGAAGGAAGGAUGUACAAGGGUACCGCUCCGUAUCGAGCUUCGUCUUCUGACGGAUGUCCCUCACCAAGAAUAUCAUCUCCAGAGAGUCACUACGCGCUGACCAGCCCCCUAUCAACCGCCUCAGACCCUGGAAUGUCGUCGCAACCCUACACCCCGAAUUACUAUCCGAAAACACCCCAGUCCUGGGGUAGCCACGACUUCUACGGUGAAAACAACAACAUCUACAAUAAAUAUGACUCUUACAAGUACAAUUCCACAUCACCCCGUUCCGAAUCUAGUACUUUCAAGUCUAGCAAUCAUCAACAGGAUUAUUACAAGAUGUCCUACGAUGCCAAAUAUAAAAAGGAUCCCGGGGGUGGUAAGAAUAAGCCGCUGACACCCGCCACGGUGGGGGUAGAAGUGAUGAAGAAAAGACGAUUGGCGGCCAACGCGAGAGAGAGAAGAAGGAUGAACAGUUUGAAUGACGCAUUUGACAGGCUAAGGGAUCACGUGCCCAGUUUAGGGAAUGACAGGAAGUUGAGCAAGUUUGAAACUUUACAGAUGGCGCAACAGUAUAUUGCGGCGUUGCAUGAGUUGUUGCAAAGGGACUAAGGGAUGUCGGU